CAUCACCCGCACGUCGAGCUUCAAGAGAGGGCACAGAGGCCCAGCACGAGUGGCAGGUACAUAAGGCUUCAUCAGGCGCCCCGGAGCCCGGAUCUCCGCGAGCUACAGCGUCAUCUCGUGCGAGGAGGACGGCCCGCGGCGGCGACGGCUCCUAAAAGGCAGCGGUCAAGACUGGCCUGUCCCCCACAGCAGUCGAAGCCGCAUGAGUGGACGCGCAUAAAGCGCUCUAGUCCGAGCCGCAGCGGUCGCUCUCCCACCAUCAUCCGCCAUGCUCCGCCUCCCUCUUGCGCUGCUCCUCCUCGCGACGCACGUCGCUGCGAUCUGGCCUCGUCCGGCGGACUUCCGCUCGGGCAACCAGCCGCUGCGCGUCAACACGUCCGACUUUGGCUUCACGGCCGUCAGUCCGCUGCCCGACGACGUCUACGACGCCAUCAAGUCAACGACGUACUACAUCGGCGGCGACACCCUCAAGCCACUCGAAGUUGGCCGGGGAGCGGCCCGGCGCUCCGCCGUGGACGCCGCGCCGCUGCUGCGGGAGAUUCGCAUCGAGCUAGGAGGCGCUCAGAAGCUCCUUGCGAAGAAGCGAGCUGCGAGCGCUGUGCCCCGCAGUAUCACGAGCGAGAUCCAGCAGGACGUCUCGCAGCUCGACGAGGCCUACAAGCUCGUCAUUCCCGCCGACGGCUCGCCGGGCACGCUGAGCGCCAACUCGAGCCUGGGCAUCUUCCGGGGCCUCGAGACGAUCACGCAGCUCAUCUACGCGCUGCCGGGCGAGCUCACGACGGCUCACUACCUCGCGACCCGCUACAUCUGGAACGCACCCAUCGAGAUCAACGACAAGCCGGCGUUCCCCUACCGCGGUCUUCUGCUCGAUACCUCACGGAACUUUUACCCGACGUACGCCAUCAAGCGUGUCCUGACAGUGAUGUCCUUCGCCAAGCUGAAUCAAUUUCACUGGCACAUCACGGACGCGCAGGCCUUCCCGCUCGUCCUGCCCGGCCGCCUCUCGGUGCUCUCUGAGAAGGGCGCGUACGGCGCAGACCAGGUGUACACGGCUGAUGACGUCAAGGACAUCAUGGACUUCGCCGGCAAGCGCGGUAUCAACGUCAACAUCGAGAUUGACAUGCCGGGCCACACGUACAUGGGCGUUGUCGACCUCGACCCUAGCCUGGUGGUGUGCCCGAACCAGCCUGACUGGGGCAACUGGGCGAACGAGCCGCCGUCGGGCCAGCUAGCGCUCGGCAGCUCCGCCGUCGACUCAUACGUGGCAGAGCUGAUCGAGGAGACGAGCAAGCUCAUUGCGGGCCCGUACUUUGCGCACGGCAACGACGAGGUCAACCUCAACUGCUACAACGCCACGAGCAAGGAGGAGCUUGAUGCGCCCUACCUCAAGCCGUUCGUGGAGAAGGUGCACGCCAACAUCCAGAAGGCGGGCAAGACGCCGAUGGUCUGGGAAGAAGCGGCGAUCGAUUUCCCAGAGACGGGCAAGAUCCUCGCAAAGGGCACCAUCGUCGAAGCGUGGACGGGCGCAGAGGACUACGUGCCCAAGAUUCUCGCCUCAAACCCAGAUGUGCGCCUCAUUCAUGCGCCCUACCAGGCGGCGUACCUGGACGUCGGACGCGGCUCGUGGCUGGGCAACACGACGGCUCCUUCGUACGCCCCCUACGUGUCGUGGCAGAAUCAAUACGUCUUCGACCCCUACAACGGCACCACAGUCGGCGACCCUCGCAUCCUCGGCGGCGAAAUGGCGCUGUGGGGCGAGCAGUCCGACGAGAACGUGCUGGAUGGUCUUCUCUGGCCUCGUGCAGCCUCGGCCGCUGAAGUGUACUGGACGGGCGCUAGUGCCACUACGAACGGCCAGAUGGAGGAGCGCAGCAUGACAGAGGCACUGCCCCGCCUUCACGACUGGCGCUACCGCAUCGUCGGCCGCGGCAUUCAGGCUACGCCGAUCCAGCCGCUGUGGUGUGCGCUGCGCGAUGGACAGUGCAACUACCCGGCUUGAGCCCAUCUGCCUCGUCAGCGGGCUGCUCGCCACACCUGCUCCUUCCGCCCCUCACCUCCGCGCCGAAGCGCGCGACCUCCAUGCCCUCCUGCUCCCGUCUUGCGCCAACGAAUCU